AUGGCUCCUCGUUAUACAGAUAUCUCUACACGUGCCGCUAUUCUCACUUUAAAGUCCCGCUUUGUGGGUAGAUCAACGAGUCAGAUUAGUGAGAUCCUAGGCAUCUCUCCACGCACUAUCGACUCUAUCUAUAGCCGUGCCUGCCAGCGAGGCUUUGAGCCAAAUGGACCAACCUUGAAGAUUCUUCCUGAAUAUCUUGAGGAUGCUCCUCGCUCAGGCCGCCCACGCAAGCAAGAGGCUAUCCAUGAAGCUACUGUUGAGAAAGUACGCCGUGACCGUUAUGGACGAGAGAAGAGCUGUGCUGACAUAGCUGGUGAUCUUAGUCUCUGCGGUCCCGACGUCUCUUCUACCACAGUGUGA